AUGAAUUUACUCAAUGCCCUCAUAUUAUCGCCGUUUGUUGAGUUCAGCCAGCAAAGUGUCGUGGGCCAAAGUACUUCAACAACAUCGCGGUUGAUUGCAACAGACACUUCAGUUAAAACCGGUAAUACUACCAAUGGGAUAGAAGCGAUCAGCGCGGUAAUUUGUUUAGUAUGGUACUUCACCGUAUUAGCGCUAGCUUAUUCUGGGUGGAUCGAGAUAAUGCGAAAUUUUCGAAACACCAGACGCUUAGCCAGUACGCAAGAUGCACAAGAAGCGGUUAGCAUUAUUCGGCCUUGUAAAGGCAUUGAGACAGAAAUGUUGUCCUGUCUAGAAAGCUGCGUUUUGCAAGAGUAUCCCAGUCAUAAGUUCGAGGUCCUCUUUUGCGUCGAAAGCAGCAGCGAUCCCUGCAUACCUAUCAUCCGUGGACUCAUUGCUAAGCACACAGAAUACCACCUUAAAUUAUUGGUAGGAAAAGAAGGAUUCGAGGACUACUACGGGCCCAAUCCAAAGAUUAACAACCUUUCCAAGGCUUACCGUAAUGCUCAGAAUGAUAUUAUAUGGGUUCUGGAUGCAAACGUAUGGUGCUCCCCAGGUACACUUGGCCGGAGUGUUGCAAGUCUGGUCAAAUCACUAGACAAUGGCACCAAGACAACAUCGCGGCCAGUCGUCUUGACACAUCAUGUUCCAUUGGCAUUGAGCAUUAGCCAGAACACUGAAUCGGUGCCGCUCAGUGCACGCUUGGAUGAGAUGUUUAUGUUCAGUUCGCAUGCUAAAUUCUACGUCGGGUUCAACAAGGUGAGUAUAGCUCCUUGUGUUAAUGGCAAAAGCAACCUUUACCGUCGAUCAGACUUGGAUAAUGCUGUGAAAUUCAUUGGAGAGGCUUCAAGACAUACUAACUUGUUUCAAGAUCCGAUAAUCCAAAAAGAAGCGCGCGCAAUUGCAGCGAAAUGGGAAAGUACAGCUCAAAUAGACACUAGGCAACCGUUCACAGAGAUCAGUUUUGAUAAGGAUACUGGUGCGCUUGUUGAAAGGGAAGUGCCUAGCCAAAUACAGUUCCAUCAUCAUGGAAUUGAAUUCUUCAGCACUUACAUCGGUGAAGAUAACAUGAUUGGCACAGCUUUGUGGGAUAUGCUAGGUGGGCGUACUGGUAUGACUACUGAUGCGGUUGUGCAACCGCUACAAUUCGGAAUUCGCGACCAAGGGUUGCAGAAUUUUAUAGAUCGCCGUGUUCGUUGGUUGCGGGUUCGCAAGUAUAUGGUCUUGGCAGCAACGCUUCUGGAGCCAACUACGGAAUGUUUUUUUAUCGGUCUCAUGGGAUCUUGGGGCCUGAGUUGGGCCUUUGGUUUGAGCUACGGAUGGAUCUUCGCUGUUCACUGCUCGUUGUGGUGCAUUACAGACAGACUUCAGUACUUGGUUUUACUACGAACCAUUUAUGCCGACGACCAACUACGGCGUAGGGACCUACCCGAAUUUUUGGUACGGGCUGAGGCUCCACGGAGCUUAGUAGAUUGGUGGAAGAUCUGGCUUCUCCGCGAGCUACUCGCCUUGCCCAUUUGGAUCAAGGCAAUGAGUGGGUCCGUAAUUGACUGGCGUAAUAAACCCUUUCGCAUCAAACGGGAUCUGACUGCGGAAGAGCUCAGGUGCUAG